AUGCUCCUUGUUCCCUCCUCUCCCUCCUGGAGCAAUGAAAAUGAAAAAACACUCACCACACCGUACCACUAUCUUGCGGACCAGACCCAGGGAAAGCAUCUGAGGAGCCUGUUGAUCAGAACGUUCAACUUGGUGCUUAAUGUGCCGGCAGAGAAACUGGAAAAGAUCGAGGCUGUGAUCGAUACAUUGCACCUUUCGUCUUUACUGAUCGACGACAUUGAGGACAACUCAAAGCUUCGGCGUAGCAGGCCGUGCGCCCACAUGAUUUUUGGUGUUCCCCAGACCAUCAAUUGCGCCAACUACAUGUACUUUGUGGCGAUGCGCCUGCUGACAGAUGCCAUCGAAAACGAAGACAAAAGGCUUGCGGCACAGAAUAUCUUUCUGGACGAAAUGACCAAUCUGCACCGGGGCCAGGGUCUCGAUCUUCACUGGCGAGAAAAUAACGAGUGUCCGUCCGAGAAAGAAUAUGUCAAUAUGGUGAUGAACAAGACGGGAGGAUUGUUCAGGCUGAGCGCAAAGUUGAUGAACCUGCUGGCUGAUCAGCCUUGCGACAAACUCAUUGCGCUAAGCAACAUGCUCGGAGUGAUCUACCAGAUCAAAGACGACUACAUGAACCUCAUAUCCAACGUCUACAACAAAAAUAAGGGAUAUUGCGAAGAUAUUACCGAGGGGAAGUUCUCGUUCCCCAUUAUUCAUUCAAUCAAUGCAAACCCAACCAAUAGGGAGCUACAGAGAAUACUGAAAUUGCGCACCGAGGAACACGAACUCAAGUUGCAUGCCCUUAACAUCAUGAAAUCCACUAAUAGUUUCGAGUACUGCCGCGAAGCUCUCCGCGAUCUUGAGAACCAGGCACGGGAGGUGAUUGCUGAGAGUGUCUAG